AGAAGCCAGUGUGAAAUUCUUUUCUCUGCAAAUGAGCUGGCGAGGAACAGUGGCGACCAGCACCCCCUCGGCCCCAUGGACCUGCCCCCACAGCUCUCCUUCGCCCUCUAUGUAUCUGCCUUUGCGUUGGGCUUUCCAUUGAACUUGUUAGCCAUCCGAGGCAUGGUGUCCCACGCAAAACUGCGACUCACCCCCAGCUUGGUCUACACUCUCCAUCUGGGCUGCUCUGACCUCCUACUGGCCAUCACCCUACCCCUGAAGGCUGUGGAGGCCCUGGCUUCUGGGGCCUGGCCCCUGCCGCUCCCCUUCUGCCCAGUCUUUGCCUUGGCCCACUUUGCUCCCCUCUACGCAGGCGGAGGCUUCCUGGCUGCUCUCAGCGCGGGCCGUUACCUGGGGGCUGCCUUCCCCUUCGGGUACCAAGCCAUCCGGAGACCCCGCUAUUCCUGGGGUGUGUGUGUGGCUAUAUGGGCCCUUGUCCUCUGCCACCUGGGGCUGGCCCUUGGUUUGGAGGCUCCCGGAGGCUGGCUGGACAACACCACCAGUUCCCUGGGCAUCAACAUACCCGUGAAUGGCUCCCCAGUCUGCCUGGAAGCCUGGGAUCCCGACUCUGCCGGCCCUGCCCGCCUCAGUUUCUCCAUUCUGCUCUUCUUUCUGCCCUUGGUCAUCACUGCCUUCUGCUAUGUGGGCUGCCUCCGGGCCCUGGCGCACUCGGGCCUGAGCCACAAACGGAAGCUCAGAGCAGCUUGGGUGGCCGGAGGAGCUCUCCUCACACUCCUGCUCUGCCUGGGGCCCUAUAAUGCCUCCAAUGUGGCUAGUUUCAUAAACCCGGACCUAGGCGGCUCCUGGAGAAAGUUGGGGCUCAUCACAGGGGCCUGGAGUGUGGUACUCAACCCACUAGUAACUGGCUACUUGGGAACAGGUCCUGGGAGGGGGACAAUAUGUGUGACAAGGACUCAAAGAGGAACAAUUCAGAAGUAGCAGCCACCUCUGGGGGCAAGGGACACUGAGUGGAAUUGGAUGACUCUGACUUUGCCAGGCCCCCGAGAGGGCUGAUCCACCACAACUGA